AUGAAUCAAACGUGCAAAGUCUGUGGUGAACCCGCUGCCGGCUUCCAUUUCGGUGCUUUCACAUGCGAGGGCUGCAAGUCCUUCUUUGGCCGCUCAUACAACAAUUUGUCUUCGAUCUCCGAAUGCAAAAACAAUGGCAAAUGCGUAAUUGACAAGAAAAACCGCACAACCUGCAAGGCCUGCCGUUUGCGUAAAUGUUACACCGUUGGCAUGUCCAAGGGUGGCUCACGCUAUGGCCGUCGCUCAAACUGGUUCAAAAUCCAUUGUUUGCUACAGGAACAACAACAACAGGCCGUAGAGGCUGCCACCAAAGCUGCUGCCGUCAAUGGUGGUUCAGUGGUGCCUCCAAAUCCUGCCGCUGCUGCUCCCUCCCCAUUCGGUGAUAUGGCUGCUGCUGCCGCCGCCGCUGCUGCCCAACAACAGUUCAAUGCCCAACGCUCCUCACAUUUGGCUGCUGCCGCUGCUGCUGGUGCCGGCCACUUGGGCUAUCCCUCAUAUUUGCCUGAGAUGUCUGCUGCCCCCUUCAUGUCUGCUGCUGCCUUGCCCUUCUUCAGCAUGAUGAACACAAUGCCACCCAUGGGUGCUGCUGCCUCACCUGCCUCAGCCUUCCAAAUGCCACCUCAUCUAUUGUUCCCUGGCUAUCAUCCAGCUGCUGCCGCCGCAGCCGAUGCUGCCUAUCGUUCGGAAAUGUACAAACAUCGUCAAUCUGUUGACUCGGCUGGCUCAGCUGAAUCGAUUUCGCGAUUCUCACCCACCAAUCACUCCGUGCACUCGCUUACCCACGAAGAACCCCAGCAACAACACUCAGCCCGGCAAUCACCUGAAUUGUGUGUCUCCGGCGAUGAUGAUAUGGUGAUGCAUCACUCUCACUCCCACUCCGUUUCCCCCGUGUCCACACACUCCUUGCAACAUCAGGUGCACAGCCCAAUUGCUGUCCGCCCCUCACCAGUACAACAGGUCGGCACUCCCGAACCCCAGGCUGUUAACUUUGCUGCCAAAAUGGAAUCUCUCUCCCCAGUGUCCGUGUGCUCGAUUGGCUAUGAAACCAGCACCACCACCACAACCAACACCCCCAAUUCCUAUGAAGAACCCAUGAAUCAAGAUGGUCCCAUGGAUUUGAGCAUGAAAACAUCCCGCAGCUCAGUGAACAGUGAUAGUGAUAUGCACAGUGAAGCCAGCGAAGAGGAAAGGCAGCAGAAUAUGCGCCGCAAAUUCUAUCAGUUGAAUGAGGCUGACAACUCGGAAAACUCUUCCGAUUCGGAGGCAUCGAAAAGGCAAAAAUUGGCCGAAAACAAUUAUCGUUUUGGGCCCCACAGCCACAGUCAAAGAGGUAUUGUAUGUGUUUAAGCAACAAAAAACAACAACAAAAAUAUUUA